GUGGCGGUAGGAUUCGCUGACCGAUUACUUCGGGCCCCUCUGUCACCUGUGCCGAAAGCACCGCUCCUCGUCUGGGGCCGGGGAGCCCAGGCCGGCCGUCCCACGUGAUCCGCGACGGGGCGCCUGUACUCGGCGGAAGCCGGGGGGCGGGGCCUGCGGCUGCGCGGCCGCUCUCCUUCCCUGGCGGCACCUCCGGCCCGGCGAGUGCUUCCGGGGCCGAGGUUACCAUGGCGGCGGCGGCGGCCUUGGCUCGGCUAGGACUCCGUGCGGUCAAGGAGGUUCGGGUUCAGUUCUGCCCCUUCGAGAACAACGUGGAGUCUACGAGGACCUUCCUCCAGGCGGUGAGCCGCGAGAAGGUCCGCGCCACCAACCUGAAAUGCUCCGUGAUUGUGGAUGUGAGGCACGACGGCUCCGAGCCCUGCGUGGAUGUGCUUUUCGGAGACGGGCACCGCCUGGUGAUGCGCGGCGCCCACCUCACCGCCCAGGAAAUGCUCGCUGCCUUCGCCUCCCACGUCCAGGCCCGGAGCGCGGCGGGGAGCGGGGACCACCCUGGCGCUGAGGCGGGCCGCUGACAGCGCGUCAGAGGCCAACGAGCAGAUGCUAGCCUGGGCCUUAGCGAACACUUGAUCACCCAGAUCACUGUCUGGAGGCCGCAGGCACCACCCCCGCCCCCCAAAGAGCCCUAUGACUACACAUCUAACCAGUGCUUCUGGCAGGAGACGAUCCGGGAAGGGCCUAGACAACCUUGAAUUUUUUUCAUUUUCUAACCAUCGCUCACGCUUAACCGUUUUGAAUUUGGCUCCCCCCACCACUCAAGUGUGAUACUUCUUACUCUUAUUAGCUAAAUCCAGUGCUGUUUUCCCAGCCCUGAGCUCUCCACCUAAGUAGCAUUUGCCGCUUUUAAUUCAUUCCCUAUGGAACUUCUCUUCCUUUUCCUUCUCUUAAACAUAAAGAUAAACUUUUUUCCCCCUCUCUUUAUUUUUGGGGUAUCUCAUCUUCUGUUGUAACUUGAACUACCCUUUUGAAUUAAACCAUACAUUUCUGUUUGGGUCUAAUAUUAAUUUCUGUGCUACAGUCAGGUUACCUACUAUCGAUUUUCUCCGAAUCUUACAAACAUUCUUUGUUCAAAAUAGAAUUGAUAAUCUUACAUACACAUAUACUUGCCUCUCCCUGACUUCCCCAUUCCUUUUACAGGCACUCCAUGUGCCCAGCCGCCGGGGCUGGAAAUCACAGCAUUGUGUCUGGCUCUGCUGUCUCCUUUUCCUUGCAUACCCAGUCAGUAAGUUCAUAUUAUUCUAUGUUAAACAAAAGCCCCUGAAAUGCUCUCUUCAUUCCCAUUCACUCUCCAGUAUUAUUGUUACAUUCUCCUUUUUUUCUCAUCAUUUUUGCUGCUGCUUAAUUUUAUCUUUCCAAAGCACAUCACUGGUUAUGUCUCACUACUACUUGUUUCAGAGAACAGCACCUAAAGUACUUUUCAUACAGUUACCACCCAUUAGUGUGGAUCAUGAAUCAAUUUAGGAGGUUAAAUCAGCCUUUAAUAAAGUAAAAUAGAAUAAAAAGUAUCAGUGCAUGCAUGGCACAUGAAAUGAGAAGUAUUCUUUUAAGAAAGUUAACUUUUAAGUAUAUAAUUAUAAAUCUAUAUACAAGGUAUCCCUCCAAAAUGUACACACACUUUAAUAGCUGAUAGCUCAAUUUUGAAAAUGAAAUGUAUUUUAAUAAAUACUGCCUUUAUAAUUAUUCAAAGUGUGUGUAUACAUUUUUGGGGGACACUAUAUGUGUGAGUAUAGAUAUAUAAAGUAUGUGUACAUGUGAACAUCUGAAUGUACUUGGUUACAACGUAGUAUUUUUUUUUUUUUUUACUAUGGCUUACAGUGAUUCUCAACCUUCCUAAUGCCCCGACCCUUUAAUACAGUUCCUCAUGUGGUGACCCCCAACCAUAAAAUUAUUUUCGUUGCUACUUCAUAACUAUAAUUUUGCUACUGUUAGGAAUCGUAAUGUAAAUAUCUGAUAUGCUAUAUGUGUUUUCUGAUGGUCGCGACCCACAGGUUGAGAACUGCUGGCUUAUAGGAAAAGAUGGUUGCUAGCAACUGGUUUAGAGAACUUCAAAAUGCUCAGCUAGGCAAUCCAGGAUCUCUAGACACUGCUUGCUGGGUGCUUUGCCAAAUACAUUUUCCAUGAGCCUCCUACAGCAUUACUGUACUGCUUCUCUGCCAGCCUUACUCUUAAGUAGCUGUGUAACUUUUGGACAAAUUACUCUCAGUGCCUCUUUCCUCUUUUGUAAAAUAAUAGUGCCUACCUCGUAAGACUGUUGAGAGGAUUAAAGAAUUGACAUCUGUUAACACCUAGAACAUUAUUGGGAAUGAACUAAGUGCUAUGUAAGAGGCCUAUUGGCCUACUCUAUGUAUACCAUGAGAAGGCAGGGUUCUUUGGAAAAGACAUUAAUGCCGGGGAAAAUAGAAGACAGCAGGAAAAGAGGAAGACCAAGUAUAAGGUGAAUUGACUCCAUAAAAGAAGCCAUAGGCAUGAGUUUACAGGAGUUGAGCAGGACUGUUGAGGAUAGGACACUGG